AUGACAUCCACUGUGCUCAUCCAGCUAGCACUGCUGCUGUCCCCUCGGGGCUCCGUCUUCGCCAAAGCCAAGGUGAACGGAGGGAGCCCGGGGGCCCUCGGCUGGAGGCCGGGUCUGGACGAGGCGGUGCCGGGUUUCACCCGGGGCCGCCCAACCGCCCGGGCCAAAGCUCAAGAGGGCCCCCUUGUGGAAACUCCCGAGAACAGCCCCGCAACCUCCUCCCUGAGGCCUCCGAGCCCCGCCCUGGCCCCGCUGCUGGCCUCACGCCUCAGCCUGACCCCACCGCACGCAUCCCGAGCGAGUGCCACGGUGAGCCGGCGCCGGCCAGCUCCCACACGUGGGGAUGGACGACACCCGGGCCUGGCGCCACGGAGGGGCCACGAAGGGAGUGGCCACGAGCGGCGGGUGCAGGUCUGGCGGCUCCAGGGGCAGAGCUCAAGCAGAGCCUGGGCUCCUGCCCACGCUGCGGAGGCAGCCGGGAUGGCAGAGGGCAGCCGCCUGCACUGGGGACCACACUGCCAGCAGCUCCUGCCCAACAGGGCGCCCGUCACCGCUCUGCUGCCCCCACGCCUGGACGGGCCCUGGAUCUCCACUGGCUGCGAGGUGCGCCCGGGACCCGAGUUCCUCACCCGCUCCUACACCUUCUAUGCCAACCGCCUCUUCCGCGCCUACCAGUUCUACUACAGGGACCCCUCGUGCCGGGAGCCCGCCCACUCACUGCUCAUCAAGGGCAAGGUGCGCCUGCGCCGGGCCUCCUGGGUCACCCGGGGCGCCACCGAGGCCGACUACCACCUGCACAAGGUGGGCGUCGUCUUCCACAGCCGCCGCGCCCUGCUCGACGUGGCCGGGCGCCUGGACCAGAGCCGGACCGGCCGGGCCUGCGCGCGCCGCCUGCCCGCCGCCCGGACCUGGCUGCCGGGGGCCCUGUACGAGCUGCUGGGCGCCGGGGCUGAGCGGGACUGCGCGGCCGCCCUGGGCUUCACCAUGCACGAGCUCAGCCUGGUCCGCGUGCAGCGCCGCCUGCAGCCCGAGCCCCGGGACUCGCCCCGGCUGGUGGAGGAGCUCUACCUGGGGGACAUCCACACCGACCGGGCCGAGCAGCUGCACUACCGGCCCACCGGCUACCAGCGCCCGCUGCAGAGCGCCCUGCACCACGCCCGCCCCUGCCCGGCCUGCAGCCUCAUCGCCCGCUCCGACGAGCACCACCCGCCCGUGCUGCCCCACCAGGCGGCCCUGCCCCUGCGCCUGGCCGGCCGCUGGGUCAGCCCCGGGUGCGAGGUGCGCCCCGCCGUGCUCUUCCUCACCAGGUUCUUCACCUUCCACGGGCACAGCCGCUCCUGGGAAGGGUAUUACCACCACUUCUCGGACCCCACCUGCCGGCAGCCCACCUUCACCGUUUACGCAGCCGGCCGCUACACCAAGGGCACGCCGUCUGCCAAGGUUCGUGGCGGCACCGAGCUGGUGUUCCAGGUCACGCGAGCCCGCGUCACCCCCAUGGACCGGGUCACCACGGCCAUGCUCAACUUCUCCGAGCCGAGCAGCUGUGGCGGCCCGGGGGCCUGGUACCUGGGAGCCGAGCGGGAUGUCACGGCCACCAACGGGUGUGCGCCGCUGGGCAUCAGGCUCCCCCACGAGGAGUACGAGCUCUUCAAGAUGGAGGAGGACCCCCUCGGGCAAAGCCUGCUCUUCAUCGGACAGAGGCCCACCGACGGCUCCAGUCCCGACACCCCGGAGAAGAGGCCCACAUCCUACCAGGCACCCCUGGUGCUCUGUGACAGGGGGGCCUGGGGCUUCUCCAGGCCUCUGCUGCAGACGCCCGCCAGCGGUGGGGGGCUGGGUCCCCCAGCGGCCCCUCUCCCCUUCCCGCUCCUGGUUCUCGGGCUGGCCUUCCUCCAGCGGCUAUGA